CAUUGCCCCGCAGCAGCCUUUGUGCCAUCGGCGACCGGUCUCCGAAUCCCAUUACAAAUCCUCCUGGUUUCUCUCCCUCCUAUUCUCUCUCUAUCUCCGAUGGCCAACCUUCGAGCCUCUGAUAAGGAAGAGGAGGAGGAGUGGAGCGACGCCCUCGACCACAUCCCCUCCCAUCAUCCUCCAAUGCCCUAUCCUCCCUCUUCUCCGUCGGCGGCGGCCGCCGACCUCCCUGCCUCCUCCCCUUCACUGCUAUCCCCACGGCCUCCACCACCACUACCACUAGUGGAAGAAGAAGAUCGCGAAGCCAAAGAGAAUGGUGUACUCCUCGAUCCCGAAAACCCCCACAUUCCCGCCGCCGCCGAUGAACCCCAGCCUUCCGAUGACACCGACGAUGACGACGGCGUCGAUGGCCCAGCGUCGGCCCGAAAGAAGCAGAAGCCCCUCUCCUCCUUCACCUCCCCCUCCCCUGCCGCCCUCCCACCCACCGCCUCCGCCGCCGCCGCCAAGAAGCCCAAGAAGAAAAACAACAACGUGUGGACCAAAUCCACCUCCCGGAAGGGCAAGAAGAAGAGCAAGGCCAUCACCCACGCCGGCCCCGAGGACACCGUCCUCAUGACCCCCAUGCCCCGCUUCCCCGACAAGUCUGACGACUCCUCCGACGCCAAGAUCUGCCUCUCCCGUGUCUACAAGGCCGAGAAGGUCGAGCUUAGCGACGACCGCCUCUCCGCCAGCAGCACCAAGGGCUACCGCAUGGUCCGCGCCACCCGAGGGGUCGUGGAAGGUGCCUGGUACUUUGAGAUCAAGGUGGUGAAGCUCGGGGAGACGGGGCACACGAGGCUCGGUUGGACGACGGAGAAGGGGGACCUCCAGGCCCCCGUGGGGUACGACGGGAAUAGCUUCGGUUACAGGGAUAUAGAUGGGACCAAGAUUCACAAGGCCCUGAGGGAGAAGUAUGGACAGGAAGGGUACGGUGAGGGGGAUGUGAUUGGGUUCUACAUUAACCUUCCCGAUGGAGCUUCGUAUGCUCCAAAGCCGCCACAUUUGAUUUGGUACAAGGGACAGAGAUACGUCUACUCCGCGGAUGGGAAGGAUGAACCUCCCAAAGUUAUUCCUGGCAGUGAGAUAUCCUUCUUCAAGAACGGAGUAUGUCAAGGCGUUGCCUUUGCGGACCUGUUUGGUGGAAGAUACUACCCUGCUGCUUCUAUGUACACACUCCCUAACCAACCUAACUGUGAAGUACGAUUUAAUUUUGGGCCAGAUUUUGAGUUCUUUCCUCAAGAUUUCGGUGAACGUCCAAUACCACGCCCUAUGAUUGAGGUUCCUUAUCACGGAUAUGAUUGUAAGAUUGAAGGUCCUAUGGAAAAUGGUGUUGCAGAAAAAACAAAUUAACCAUUUCUUUUUUUCAGAUUUUUUUCCCCACUCGUGGGAGAGUCAACGGGCUGAAAUAUGUAGUCUUUAGUUUCGUACUUGUUAACUGAUUGGCUGAACAUCAAGUUAAUGCUAAUAUCUUUUUUGUUUAAA